CCUGCUUGUGCUGGGUUGGGGACCAAACCCUGCUGCGGCUCUGAAAUAUAAAACACAGUAGGAACCAGAGAGCAGGCUUUUAAAUUGCAGAUCCACAGCAGGGUUUGGGCCCAGCAUGAGCCAGGACUGAGCCAGCUGCCUUCCCCUGUCAACUAAUCGAGGAGUCAAUAAAAAUUCUACCGACUGCUCGAUGAGUAAAAUAACCUCAUUUUAACAUCCCUGGUCCAGAGGAGCUGAGGCUAGCAAAAGUUUUUAGCCCUUGAGGUCCCUGGUGCCUUGGCCAGGAUGGAGGCCGUCACACCCGUAAAUGGCAGGGGUGUAAUAUGAGGGAGCAUUAGGAGUUCUGUCUGUAGGUCCCUUUUAAUUCCAUUUGGGGUGAGGCUAUAGGUUCUGCAGGGGCGAUUCUGAUCUUGGCUGCAAGUGUCACUCUGGAUGCGUGGUCUGCAGGGCACAUCCCAAAGGCCUGUACUCGAGGCAGUGAAACUGCACCAGUACAGGAGAAGAAUCCAGCUCUGGCCAGCCAGUCUGGAGUGGGCAUCUGGCAGAUGCAAGUUGUGCCCAUGGGGAGAAGGGAGGUGGAAAGAGGGAGCCGCUCCUGCUCAGUGCCUGGGAUCUGUUGGAGGAGCUCCCUGUCUGAACUCUCUCUCUGUCUCCUCCAGGGAAGGGGAACUACUGGACCUUAGACCCAAACUGUGAGAAGAUGUUCGACAAUGGGAAUUUUCGGCGCAAGCGCAAGCGGCGCUCUGAGCCUAACGCCUCUGCAAUGGCGUCCUCUGUGGGUGGCUUGAAAGCUGAGGAAGGGCGUCCCAUCCCCGCGGCUGCAGGCAAGCCCUGUGGAAACAGCUUCUCUGCAGAGUUGGAGCCAUCACCGGCCAGGGACCAUCCGAAAAGAACCUCCUCUCCAGGCAUCAUCUCAGCCAGCUCUGGCUGCCUGAGCACCUUCUUCAAUGGCAUGAGCUCACUGAGCAGCGGAGGGAGCCGCCUGGCCGGGGGUCUCAGCAGCAGCGAACUGCACUAUAGAAACUUCCCCGCAGGACAGAUGAGUGGUGGCACCUUCACUGUCUCCUCCAGCAGCUCUUCCCCGGAAGCGCUCCCACCAGACCAGCUGCAGCGAGUUCCAGGGCCCACGGCAGCCUAUUAUAGCUCCUUCCACCCCAGCAGCAGCAGCCCAGGGGCCCAGUACAACCAUUAUUACAACUUCACUGUCAAUAGCCUCAUCUAUACCCGGGAUGGCACCGAGGUGUAGGAUAUGCAGUGGGGCAUGGCAUGUAACUAAAGGGAACGAGAGAGGCAGGGUCUCUGAGCAACAAGGAAGGCCAUAUGCUUUUGCAGACUGCAUUCGAAGCACAAUAUUUGCAGUAUGUUUUGUGUGUUUCCCAGGAUGAAAAACUUACCCCUCUCCUCCCCCUGACACACACAAAAUGUGGAGUAUUUCCCCUAUUCAGCCCCGCAAAUUCACUGAUCAACAUAGGAUAUCUGUUUGCCAUUACAUGCUGCAAAUGAGAACAAGAACUGGAUUAGUGACUUCAGAGGUUUUAUAACUACAAAGAGACACCAGCAAGGAUGAAAUAGAGACACAGAGCAGGGAGUAUUGCCUGUUGGUCAUGUGUGACUCUCUUUACAAUGUAUUGGUCUUAGAAGAAAAAAAAAUGAAGAGAUUUCUAAUGAAGUGCCUUGUAAAAAUACCUGUGUCAGUGAUUGCCUGGUUAGGUAAUUUUUUUUAGGCCUCAAUCCUGCAAUGUACAAUGUCAGGGCAGAUUCUGUGCCCAUAUACAGCCCCUUUAGAUACAGUGCAGGCAUGCCUAUCUGCCUGGGGUUUGUAUAUUGAAGAAUCCGGACCUUCUUUUGUAAAACCGUUGUUUUGUUUUACUUAAGCUUAGAACCAAAGACCUAAAAUUGAGCCAACCAGCUUCAGCAACAGAAAUAACACCAUGAAUAUUUUUAUACGUAUUUGUAUGUAAUGUACUACUUUGUAAAUGCGUUUCUAUGGGAUUUUAUAUUUGUAAAUUAUGCUCUGGAAUUGUACUUAUUUAUAAUGUGUUUGAAAUUUGGUAAAGUUUAUUUUGCCAUCCUUUCCCCCUCUCAGCCUCCUCCCCCCCCCCCCCACACCCAUCCGCUUCCUUUUUUUAUUGUAGUGUAUGAAUGAAACAUUUCAAGCUGAACAAAAAUUUGGGGAAUAAAAUAUUUACAGUUA